AUGGCUGUAAAAAAAUGUUGUGUAGAAAACUGUAAUUCAUCUUCAACAAGACCAGAAGACAUUGGUGUUACAUACCACAAGUUCCCUAAAGAUAAGACAUUACGUGAUUUAUGGUCGUUGGUAACGCACUACAAACAAACUAACAUAGACUCUGCGACAUACGUGUGCUCGCGUCACUUUUGCAAAAUCGAUUUUCAAAUUUACGAGGACUCGAAAUACAUUCUUAGAUCAGAUUCUAUACCAUCCAUAUUUUCAUGGGUCCAAAGAGAUAAAGAUACAAAAAUACAACAAUUAGAAUCUAAUAUGGAUAAACCAAGUAUAUCUAAGGCAGCAUCAUCUGAAAAUGAAAAUUCAGAUAGAGGUGAUGCAAAUCUAAACACCUCAAACAGCAGCAAAGAAUCGGAAGGUGAAAAUGUUGAAGCUAUUAUGAAAUUUAUUGAAGAACAGGAACAGGAAAUAACAAAGCAACAGAAUGAAAGCCAAUUGGAAAAGAUCGCUAGUGAUCAAAAUGUACCCAUCACCCAUAACGACAAUAAUGAAAAUAAUGAUUCUAAUAAUCAUAAUGACAACAAUCAAGUGCUCAAUGAUAUAGCAGAGCCUAUGGUUAUAGCAACGAGUGUUAUGGACAUGAUUCUCAGCGAAUCAGAAGCUAAAAUAGAUACAAAGAAGAAUAUUAAACCAAUACCACAGAAACUGAGUAAAAAUGAUAAAGGCAACAGUGUUUCAUUGUCGGUCGGAUCUAAGGUGGAGGCCAAAGAUUAUGGGGAAUUUUGGCAUUCGGCUCAGAUUGUGGAAGUAGACUAUGAUGAAAUGGAAGUUCUUGUGCAUUAUGAAAACACACACAACAAACCCGAUGAAUGGAUAAGUGUGAGCAGUCCUAGAUUGAGGCUUACAAACAAUUCCAUACAAAGCACCCCUGCCAGAAAUGUAAGGACUGAAAUAAAACCUGAAAAAGAAGAAGUUAAAGUGGAGGAGAAACCAAAACAACAGUUUGUUGUUGGCGAAAGAUGUCUGGCUCGUUGGAGGGACAACAGACGUUUCAUAGCCACUAUACAAACAGAUCUCGGCAAUGGCAAUUACGAGAUUAUGUUCGAUGAUGGUUUCAAAUGGAAAUGCACUACGUCAAGGAUGUGUAAGCUCAAGGAAUCUAAGACAGAACCGCUGACCAUCGAUACGUCAACGUCACCAUCAUCCUCCAGUCUUUCUCCAAUACCAAUUCCUGGAAUCGGUCCAACUGGAAAUAUUCCAACCAGUCAAUAUUCAUUCCACACACAUCUAUUCGAUCCCACCAGAGAUUAUUUGGGCUCUAAAAGUGAGAGGCGAGAGAUGAAACGCAAGUUGAACAUAAAAGAGAUAUUUAAUAUUGGUCAGAAGAAACAAAAGAAAAAAGAUACCGAUCAAGAGAAAUCAAAAAUUGGUAAGGUCAAGAAGACGAGAAUUGUUAAGAAGAAAGUUGACAUUAAAACAGAAGUUGAACCAGAAGUUAAACUUGAAGUAUCUCAAAUAACAAUGGAGAUAAAAAAAGAGAUUCCUGAUGCAGUCGCUUCAAUAAUUGGUACUGUUGAUAAAGAUGAAGGCGAAAAAGCUAAAAUUGAUACAGAAAUUAAUGUACCAAUGGAUACCGCUAAGGACAUUGAAGAAUCUAAGGUUGAAGCUAAUAUUGAGGUUGCAAAUGAAUUUGACGCAAAAAAUACAGGAACGGCCUUGGAUGCAGAAGAGGUUGUUGAAAAAAAUGACAACAACGAUGGUUUAGUUAGUAAUUCAGAUCUCUUAGUCCCUAGCGACUUAGGCUUUCAAUCAGAGCCUUCAUCGGAUCCUGUUAUGGAAGAAGAAGCAAAGUUAGAACAAUUCGAAAAACCGGACGAAAGCAAACAAGAGGUUAUAGAGAAAAUGAAAGAGGUUAUAUGCAAAUUAGAAGGCGGUUUAGAUAUACAUAAGAUAGAUACUAAACGUGAAAUGAACACGAAGCCAGUAAGCGAAGUUGUUACAACAGUAAAAGACGACACGAAAAGAAAGCUGUCCAAAAUAAAGAAGAAUAAAAGAUUGAGAAUGUUACAGGAGAAGAAAGUUAAGAAGCAGGUGGAGAAAGUUAAGAACGAAUUGCUCGAGAUGAGGAAACAGAUGGAGGAGAUGAGGAAACAGAUGCUGAUUAAGACGGAGGAGAUGGCUCGCCCGCAAGAGAUGCCGGAAAGCUUCCUACUGCCGGGAGAAUGGUGCUGCAAGUGGGUCAACGGACAACCUGUGGGCAAUGUGUGCGAGUUUGAAGAUAAAGUUGACGGAAAAGGACUUAAGAGAAUGAGCGUUCAGGUCGAGGAUAAAAGACUGCCUCCAGGGUGGACUAAGCUUAUGGUGCGACGAAGUUUUGGACAAUCCGCUGGAAAAUGGGACGUAGUAUUAGUUGGUCCGGACAAUCGUAGGUUCCAUACUAAGACGGAUAUAAGGAACUAUCUUGAGCAACACGACGAAUCCCUUAAGCAGCACGAACACGCGCUACUAGAUUUCGGUGUACAUCUGAAACUGUCUCGUAGGAUGGGAUGGUAUACUACAGAUGGUGGCGUUACACCGGCAUUAGUGAAGAGAAAGAAAUUAAGUAUGAACAGGAAAGAAGGAAAGAAAAGAAAGAAAGACAAAUCGGCGAAACGUGAUAUGUCCUUGGAAGGCUUCAGUAAACAUACAUUUUACCCGGAAAGCCCACCGGUCUUUUUAGAUAAUCCCGUGGAAGACGAUGGUUCUGUGUACAUCGGUUCUAUGAAGGUGGAAGUGAUCGAUAAUCUCUUGCGAUGUCCAGCGGAAGGUUGUCUAAAGAACUUCCGAAAUACAACGCUAUUACAGAUGCACAUAAAACAUUACCACAGGGAAAUGAGAGAAAUGUUGGGAGCCACUCCUAAAGUAUUGGACUUAGCUCGCGAAAGAACGAAACCUACUGAAAACGAAGUCAAAAAGACGGAAUUCGAAUCCAAAAUUAUUAAAGUCAAGUUACCAAAACUGCCAAAAAGAUCUGAGGAAUCUAAAAGCCAAUUAAAUCCAGAAGUCAAAGAGCCUAUCGUGCAAAAAACAGAGCCUCGACCUCAAACACCACCUAAACUGGAAAUGCCUAUACCAAGAUCGCAGGAUUCUCCUAAAUUACGACAAGCCCUAAUCACCAAACCGGCUAAAAGACCGAAAGUUCUACUCCCAGUAAGAAAACCGGACACAGAAGAAAAAGAAGAAAUCCCAGAAGAAGUUGAUGUAGAAAAGGCAGAUUUCGACGACAGCUCCAAUACUAUAGAGAAACCGUUUGAGGAAUUUCGAAGGAAAUGUGAUAAGAAGCGUAAAUGUUUUUCAACUGUUUCAAGAAAGCCUAUCAGCGAAGAGGAUGAAUGGUUCGGUGUGAAUUCUGACCUCGACACUCGCUCCAGUUUCCCAGGGUCUGGCACACCGGACUCCAAAAACAUGGAUAAGGCAGUACCACUUCCGGUUUCCUCCGAGUCCAACGAAGAACAGAAGGACGGCAAUAUGUAUAUGUAUACAGAGACUGGCGAACGUAUAAAGAUCGAGCACAUGAAACGCGAGGAGAUCAUAAACUGUCACUGUGGUUUUCGCGAGGAAGAUGGGCUGAUGGUGCAGUGUGAACUGUGUCUGUGUUGGCAACACGCACUGUGUCACAACAUACAGAGGGAGUCGGAGGUUCCAGAGAAAUACACUUGCAGUAUAUGCCUCAAUCCUCGUCGAGGGAGGCGCUCCAAGCGUUUCUUGCACGAUCAGGACAGACUGUAUGAAGGCUUGCUGCCGGGGGCGAAGCCCUGCGAGUCUUUACGGCGGUCUCACGAAUUGUCUGCUAACCUAUUAAAAAUUCAGGAUGCUCUACAUGCAAUGCGAGUGAAACACUAUGUAGCUACUAAAAAAGACCAUCCAAAAUUAUAUCUAUGGGCCAAAGACUGGGAGAGUCCGGAGGUAAAUUUCACCCAAGAAAGACUUAAUUCUGAUUACUCAGAUCUGAAUAUUAUUAUAAAUAACAUCGGCAAGGAGAAUUUGCCGCUGAAACCUGAUGAAGUUAAUCCACAUCUGGAUAUAAGAAUGCCUAUAACCGAAGAGCCCGAAGAUAGAUUUACUCAGAGAGAUAAUUCAUUAAUGAAUCUAUCGUCAGUUCUGUCAAGCCCGACUGGGACUUCGUUAGAUCUACCUAUAACCACUUCUGAGUUGGAACGGCUGGCGAAAUCCGUUCAAGAACAAGAAGUACAAAGAGUGGUCGUACCACAGCCCGAGGCGGCCAUUGAGAACAGUGCAUGCAGGGAACGCUUGCUGAGACAUGUGCAGCGUUGUCAGGGCUUCAUUGACGCUAGACUUGAUUCUAUAGAAGCACAAGUAGCUGAACUCGAAUCUCAAGACCCUUCAUUUGAGGAUGACGAAACAGCAGAUUUCUUCCCAAGAACAAAGCAAACUAUUCAAAUGCUGAUGAGAGACCUCGAUACAAUGGAAGAACUGGGAAUUAUAUCUUGA